GUUCUCACUGUGUUUUCUGUGUAGUUCAAAGCUGUGAUAAGAGCAUGUUAGAUAAUUUUUUACGUUUAUCACUUGUUUUUUAAAAAUACUAAUAUGUUUAAAAAAUUUGAUGAAAAGGAUAGUAUAUCAGGAGUUCAGCAGUUAAAAUCAUCUGUCCAGAAAGGAAUACGAUCAAAAAUCCUUGAGCAAUAUCCCCUGUUAGAAAACUAUGUUGACAAUAUAUUGCCCAAGAAAGACGCUUUUCGUUUAGUUAAAUGUCAUGACCAUGUGGAAAUUAUUGUAAAUGGUAGUGGGGAGCUAAUAUUCUUUCGACAAAGAGAAGGACCAUGGAUGCCAACCUUAAAACUGUUCCACAAGUAUCCCUUCUUCUUACCAAAGGAGCAAGUUGAUAAAGGAGCUAUAAGAUUUGUCCUCAGUGGUGCCAAUAUCAUGUGCCCUGGCCUUACUUCCCCCGGGGCUAUUAUGACUCCCGUAGAAAAAGGAACCGUUGUUGCAAUAAUGGCGGAAGGUAAACAGCAUGCUCUGGCAAUAGGCAUUACAACUCUAUCAACAGAAGAUAUUGCUAAAGUCAACAAAGGCGUUGGGGUCGAAAAUUGUCAUUAUUUGAACGAUGGAUUGUGGCAAAUGAAAACUGUCAAAUAAGGUUCUCCUCUCUAGUCUUUUGUCAUCAGCCACCUGAAGUGGAGGAAAAUCCAAAGAAGCUGAUCGUCUGUUUUCAAACUCUGAUCUGGAACUUGCGUUCAUCCACCUGUUGAAAAGCUUCAGUCAGUUACAUCUUUGUCAGCAUCUUUCCUUUUGGCAGAUAAGAAAAUCAGCCAGUAUUUAUUUUUAUUUUUCAAACUGUAAAGUACAUAUAUGUUAAUUUGUGAAUUAAAAACUUUUUUAAUAAUG